AUGGCUGGUUAUCCCCACAAUCCCCAGCAGUUCCUUGGGGCUACAGGAUACCGGGAGCAGGAGGCCAGCCACAGAGCCCUGGCACGGCUCUCCCAGCCCAGUCUCGCCAUGGAUUCUGCAUAUGAAAUGGGCCACAUUCGAAAGCUGCAGGCACAGCACAUGCGGAUGCAGGAGAAGACUUUCACCAAUUGGAUCAACAACGUCUUCCAGCACGACCGGGUGGGCCUCAAGAUCCAGAACCUGUACAAAGAGCUGGCAGAUGGCACCCAUCUACUGCGGCUGCUGGAGCUCAUCUCAGGGGAGGUUCUGCCACCCCCGAGCCGGGGCCGCCUGCGAGUGCACUUCCUGGAGAACUGCAGCCGGGCUCUGGCCUUCCUCAGGGCCAAGGUGCCAAUUCCCCUGAUUGGGCCAGAGAACAUUGUGGAUGGAGACCAGACGCUCAUCCUGGGACUCAUCUGGGUCAUCAUCCUGCGUUUCCAGAUUUCCCACAUCUCCCUGGACAGGGAGGAAUUUGGGGCCAGCGCAGCUCUGCUGUCUGCCAAGGAAGCUCUGCUGCUCUGGUGCCGAUGGAAGACGGCCUGUUACGCCAAUGUCAACAUCACCGACUUCUCCCACAGCUGGAGUGACGGGCUCGGCUUCAGCGCCCUCAUCCACGCCCACAGGCCAGACCUACUGGACUACGGCUCCCUGCAUCCCGAGCGCCCACUGCACAACCUCAACGUUGCUUUCCGUGUGGCUGAGCAGGAGCUGGGCAUUGCUCAGCUACUGGACCCCGAGGACGUGGCAACCCUGCAGCCUGACGAGCGUUCCAUCAUGACCUAUGUCUCCCUCUACUACCACCACUUCUCCCACCUGCACCAGGGGCAGACUGUCCAGAGGAGACUCGCUAAGAUCCUGCUUCAGCUCCAGGAGACAGAGGAGCUGCAGACCCAGUACGGGCAGCUGGUUGCCGAUCUGCUAUGCUGGAUUGCAGAGAAGCAGGUGCAGCUGGAAGCACAAGACUUCCCAGACUCCCUGCCUGCCAUGCGCCAGCUACUGGUGGCCUUUGCUUCCUUCCGCACCCAGGAGAAGCCAUCGAGGCUGCAGCAGCGAGUGACUGCGGAGGCCCUGCUCUUCCAGCUGCAGACAGCUCUCCGAGCUCAGAACCGUAGGCCCUUCCUGCCUCACCAGGGCCUUGGCCCUGCAGAGCUGUCCCAGCGCUGGGCAGGCCUGGAGCGGGCAGAGGCCUCACGGAGCCAGGCCCUGCAGCAGAAACUCCUGCAGCUAGAGCGGCUGGAAACCCUGGCCCGGCACUUCCAGCGUAAGGCGGCCCUCCGGGAGAGCUUUCUGACAGACACAGAAAAGGUGCUGGACGGGGCCACAGCCCCACCCACCAGCCUGGUCACAGUGGAAGUGGCUGCCCAGAGGCUGAGCAUGCUGGAAGCCGGCAUCCUGCCCCAGGAGGGGCGCUUCCAGGCCCUGGCCGAGAUUGCAGGCAUCCUCCAGCAGGAGCAGUACCACAGCUGGGCAGAUGUGGCCUGCAGGCAGGUGGAAAUCACAAGGCGCUGGGAGCAGCUCCUUCAGCAUCUCCAAGGACAAAGGAAGUGGAUGGCAGGCAUGCAGGCUGUGCUAAGCCUGCUGCAGGAGGUGGAGACUGCCUCCAACCAGCUCAAGGAGCUGCAGGUGCUGGCCAGCUCCACGGCCUGUGGGCAACAGCUGGCAGAGGUAGUGGAGCUGCUGCAGAGACAUGACCUGCUGGAGGCCCAGGUCUCUGGCCACGGAGCCCACGUGAGCCAUCUUGUCCUCCAGACCACAAAGCUGGACUCCUCCCUGGGCACUAGUGUGGAGGGGCUACAGGCCAAAGCCCAGGCGCUGGCCCAGCUCCAGCAGAGCCUGGUGUCUCUUGCCAGGGCCAGGCGGACCUUGCUGGAGCAGACCCUGCAGCGGGAGGAGUUCCUGCGGGACUGUGAGGAGGAGGAAACCUGGCUGAGGGAGCACGGGCGGCUGGUGGACAGUGUGACCCUGGGCAGGGAUCUUGGCCAGAUUGCUGCCGCCCUGCAGAAACACAAGGCCCUGGAAGCUGAGCUCCGCUGCCACCAGGCUGUGUGCACUGAUCUCAAGCAGAGGGGACGCGACCUGGGCACCCAUGGGUCCCCAACGCCGCCGGAUCCCCAGGAGCGGGCUGAGGCGGUGCAGGAUGUGUGGCAGCAGAUCCGGGCCCGGGCGGCGCUGCAGGGCGCACGGCUGCAAGCAGCCCUGCUGGUCCAAAAGUACUUCGCAGACGCGGCGGAUGCAGCCACGUGGUUACAGGAGCAGCGGCUGGCACUGGAGAGUUUGUCGUGCGGGCAGGACCAGGCAGGCGCCGAGGCCCUGCUACUGGACCACCUGCGGCUGGAGCGCAAGCUGCGCACCUUCCGGGCGGAGCUGCAGUGGUUGGAUGAGCAGGCGCGGGCAGCCGCUACACGGGCAUCACUCACGGUAGAGUCUGCCCUGAGCUCUCCAGGGGAGGGUCCCAGGAACCCUGGCUGGCGUGAGGUUUCCUGCUCCUCUGGCCCCCAGGGCGUCCAGAAGAUGGCCCUCCCAGCCGAGCCCGACGCUGACUUUGACCCCAACACCAUACUCCAGACACAGGACCGCUUGAGCCAGGACUAUGAGGGCCUGUGGGCGCUGGCAGAGCGCCGCAGGGCCCUGUUGGAGGAGGCAGUGGCUCUGUUUGGUUUCGAUGGCUCGUGUGAGGAGCUCCAGUUCUGGCUAGAAGACCAGACAGCGCUGCUCCAAACACUGCAGCUCCAGGCUGACACCUUGGAGGUCAUGCAGCUCAAAUUUGAGAAGUUCCUCACCACCCUGGCUGUGGGAAAGGGACUCUGGGCUGAGGUCAGCAGCUCGGCUGAGCAACUGAAGCAGAGAUGUCCUGGAUACUCCCCCAAAAUCCAGAGACAGCAGGAGGAACUGAGCCGGAGGUGGGGGCAGCUGGAGGCCCUGAAGAAAGAAAAAGAAAUACAGCUGGCAUGCACCAUGGAGGUGUGCAGUUUUCUGCAGGAAUGUGGACCCACACAGGUUCAGCUGCAAGACGUGAUACUCCAGCUGGAAGCCCUGGAGACAGGGCACUCAGAGGACCACCACCGCGUCCUACAACUGGCCCGGCAGAAGAUGCCAGCGCUGGAGGGGACCAUCUACUACCUGCAAAGGGUGGCCAUAAAAGUCAAGGACACAGGCUCCAAAGAGAGCCAGUCCCUACAAGAACAGGUGGAGACGCUACAGGGGCUGCUGGAGGGAGUGCAGAAGCAAGUGGCCCAACAGGCCCAGGCCCAGGCCCAGACGCAGGCCCGGCAGAGCUUCCUGCAACAGAGCCGGCGACUGCUGCUGUGGGCGGAGGGUGUCCAGGCUCAGCUGCACAGUGAAGAGGAAGUGGUGGACGUGGCCUCAGCCCAGCGGCUGCUGGUGGAGCAUCAAGACUUGCUGGAGGAGAUCCACCUGCAGCAGGAGAGGCUGCAGCAGCUGGAGGCUCAGGGCCAGUCCUUGGCAGCCUUGGACUCACUGGACUCCCAAGAGGUGACCCAGGCACUGAGGCUCCUGGGCGAGCAAGGCCAGGGGCUGAAGGCUGCCUGGGAGCAGAGACAGCGCCGGCUGUGGGAGGGGCUGGAGCUGCAGAGGUUUGGCCGAGCAGUGGAUGGUUUUGCUGCCACCUGUGCCAACCAUGAGGCCUUCCUGCAGCUGGACAGCCUUGGGGAGGACGUGGGGGAGGCCCAGAGCCUGCUGCAGCAGCACAAGGAGUUUGGGUGGCUACUGGACACCCUGCGCCCUCGGGCAGAGACUCUGUGGGCACGUGGCAAGAGGCUGGCUCAGAGCAAGCACCCUGCUGCACACAAGGUCGGAGAGCAGCUGCAGAGCGUCCAGGUACAGUGGACCAGGGUUCAGGAGAAGAGUGAGCAGAGGAGGAGGCAGCUGCUGGCUUCCCUCCAGUUCCAGGAAUGGAAGCGGGAUGUGGCAGAGCUGACGCUGUGGAUGGAAGAGAAGGGGCUCGUGAUGGUGGAUAAGCCCUCCCGGGAGCCAAGCAACGUCCUGCAGAAACUCAAGUGGCACAAAGCAGCUGAGCGUGAGCUGCUGGCCACCCAUGGGCACCUGAAGGGCCUGCAGCAGGUGGGGAGUGAGCUAUUGAGCAGUGGGCUCUGUGCCCCAGGAGACGUGCAGGCCGGGCUUCGGGACCUGCGUAACAAGUGGGAAGAGUUGAACUGCAAGAUGACAGAGCGUGGGGAGCAGCUCCGGCAGGCAAGGCAGCGGGACCAGCUCCUGGGGCUGUUACAGGAUGCCAAGGAGAAGAUGGAGCAGCUGGAGGGGGCCCUGCAGAGUACAGAAACGGGACAGGACCUAUGCUCAAGCCGGGGUCUGCAGAAACGGCACCACCAACUGGAGGGCGAGAGCCAGGCACUGGCCAGCAAAAUGUCUGCCAUAAUCUCUCAGGCCCACCACAUGGUCCAUUCCCAGCCCAUCAUGGAGGAGACUCAAAAGUACCUCCAGAGGUUGGAGUCCCUGCAGGGACAUCUGACCACGCGGCGCCUGCAGCUGCAGGCCUCGGUUGAGCUGCACCAGUUCUACCAGCUGAGCACCACAGAGCUCACAUGGGUAGCUGAGCACACGCCCCGUGCAAGCUCGGCCAUCUCCAUCAAGUGCUUGGAUGAUGCCCUGAGCCUUCAUCGCAAACACAAGGAGCUCUGGAUGGAGAUGAAAGCCCACCAGGGACAGGUGCAACAGGUACUGGACUUCGGACAGAGCCUAGCAGCCUCAGGGCACCCCCACGCCCCGCAUAUCACGGAGCAGUGCCAGGAGUUGGAAGGCCGCUGGGCAGAGCUGGAGCAGGCGUGUGAGGCGUGCCUGCAGCAGGCUUUCACUCUCCAGCAGUAUUUUCUGGAUGUGUCAGAGCUGCAGGACUGGGUGGAGGAGAAGUGGCUGCUGCUGAGCAGUCAGGACUAUGGCGGACAUGAGGCAGCCACCAUCAGGCUCAUUGAGAAGCAGCAGGCCCUGAAACAGGAACUGGUUCUUUAUUGGAACUCCGUGGAGAAACUUGACCAGAGGGCCCAAACCCUCAGUGGCCCUGAGGCCCCUGAGCAGCUGGGCGUGGUACAGGAGAGGCUCUGGGAGCAGCUGCGGGCACUGCAGGAGUUGGCAGCCACACGGGACCGGGAACUGGAGGGGACCCUGAAACUGCACGAGUUCAUGAGAGAGGCCGAGGAGCUGCAGAGUUGGCUGGCUAGGCAGACACAGGCGGCCAGAGGAGCAGAGAGCCUCGGAGAGAACUACGAGCACAUCCUGCAUCUCUGCACCAAGUUUGCAAAGUUUCAGCACCAAGUGGAAAUGGGUGGCCAUCAGGUGGCAACCUGCCAACAGCUGGUGGAGAGCCUGCUAGAGCGAGGGCACAGCACUGCCCCCAAGGCCAGUCAGAAGCAGCAGGAUCUGCAGGCCGCCUGGUUGGAGCUGUGUGAGCUGACCCAGGCCCGAGGCCAGCUGCUCCGAGAGGCCGCGAUCACCCUCCGAGUUCACAGAGAUCUGUCGGAAGUCCUCACCCAGGUCCAGGAGAAAGCCACAAGCCUCCCCAGUGGCUUGGCCCAGGACCUGCAUGGGCUGGAGGACCAACUGAGGAGACACGAGGGGCUGGAGCAUGAAUUUGUGUGCGCUGAGCGUGAGCUGCAGGAACUGCUGGAGCCUGGAGACACAGUGCAGCAGCUGGCUCCCGGGCCUCACGCCCAUGCAGUGCAGCAGAGGCAGCAGGCUCUGGUGCAGGCCUGGGAGGCCCUGAAGCUACGCAUGACGCAGCGCAGGGCGCAGCUGGAGCAGUCAUGCCUCCUGGUCCGCUUCCACACAGCGGUGCAGGACUACAUGUCCUGGGCGGCCCGUGUGUGGCAGGAGCUACAGGUAGAGGAGAGCGCCCAGGAGGCAAGCAGUGGCCCGAUAAAGUUCAAUGCCCACCAACAGCUUCGGGCAGAGCUGGAGGCCCAAGAGCAGCUACACCAACGAGCCGCCCAGCUGGGCCAGAAGGCACUUCUGGCUGCAGGGACACCCGUCAAGGAGGUCCAGGAAGGGCUGCGAGCCCUGCAGGACAGGCGGGAGCAGGUGUUCCAGGCCUGGGAGCGGAAGCAAGAGAGGCUACAGUCCAUGCACCAGGAGCAGCUCUUCCUCAGAAAGUGUAGCCACCUAGAAGAGAUCCUCAUAGCCCAGGAGGUCUCCCUGAAAACCAGUGCCCUGGGGAACUCAGUGGAAGAGGUAGAACACUUGAUCUGGAAACAUGAGACCUUUCAGAAGGUGCUGGCUGCCCAGGAUAAGAAGGAGGCAGCUCUGCGGGAACAGGCAGCGACACUCCGGGGUCCCACGGUGAAGGACCUGCUCCACACAGUGCUGGCGCAUCGGGCUCGAGUGAAGGAGCUGGCGGAGACGCGGAGACAGACCCUGCACACUUCCCUGCUGAGGGCUGGCUUCACCAGGGCUGUGACCCAGGUUGAGGACUGGAUCCAGGAACGGGUCCAGCAGUUGGAAGAGCCACUGGCUCCUGGAAAAGAUAAAUUGAAGCACCUACAGAAGCACCAGGCCUUCAAGGCUGAGGUCCAGGCCCAUGAAGACGUUAUUACCACUGUCACCAAGGAGGGCGAGGCUCUCCUCGCACAGAGCCACCCUGGGGCGGAAGAGGUCUCCCAGAGACUGCGGGCGCUGCAGGAGCACUGGAAGAAGCUGAGGCAGGCAGUGGCCCUCCAGGGCCAGGACCUGGAGGACAUGCAGAACUUCCUGGAGUUCCUGCAGAGAGUGGACCUUGCAGAGGCUUGGAUCCAGGACAUGGAAGUGAUGGUGAACAUUGGUGACCUGGGCCAGGACCUUGCGCACUGCCUGCAGCUCCGCAGACAGCUCCGGGAGUUCCGAGGAGUCUGGGCUGGGGACAUGGUGGAUGACGCCAACAUCAGGAGCAUCAAUGACUUGUCACUGCAGCUCAAGAACAGGGACCCCGAGCAAGUCAAGACCAUCUGCCAGCGGCGACACCAGCUGAACAACAGGUGGCACAGUUUCCAUGGCAAUCUGCUCCGCUACCAGUGGCAGCUUGAAGGGGCCCUAGAGAUACACACAUUGUCCCUAGAGCUGGAUGGCGUCACUGAGCAGAUUGGGGAGAAGGCUGCCCUGGUCCAGCCCCUGGACUGUGGGAAAGAUCUGGAGAGCGUGCAGAGGCUGCUGCAGAAACACAAGAAGUUGGAGCAGGAAAUGGGCCUCAUCCAGGCCCAGGUGGAGCCCCUAGAGCAUAAGGUGGCCCACCUAUGCCAUAGAAGUCCCUGGGCAGCCCACAGCCUGAGCUGCAAGCAGCAGAAGAUGGUGGACAGCUGGUGGCAGCUUCGGAGUGGGGCCCAGAAGUGGAAGGAAUUGCUAGAUGCCUCGCACCAAGCUCAGAAAGUGCAGGCGCUGCUGCAGGAAUUGCUGCUCUGGGCCCAGAGGCUACGGGCUGAGAUGGACGCCCCAAGUGCCCCCAGCAGCCCUGCAGAGGCCCAGCGCAUGUUGGAGGAGCACCAGGAGCGCAAGGCCGAGCUGGACUCCCGAGCAGACAGCGUCAGCCUGGCCCGGAGCACGGGGCAGCGACUGCUUGCAGCAGGACACCCGUCCACCCCCGACAUCAGCCAUGCCCUGGCUGGUUUGGACCAGGAGAUGAACAGCCUGGAAGAGGCCUGGCAGGAACAUGAGCUCCAGCUCCAGCAGGCCUUGGAGCUACAGUUGUUUCUGAGCUCUGUGGAGCAGAUGGAAAGUUGGCUCUGCAGCCAGGAAGCCUGCCCAGCCGGUGAGGGUCUGGGGGACCCGUUGGCCAACGUGCAGACCCUCCUGUGGAGGCACAAGGAGCUGGAGCGGGGCCUGGAGGCACAGGCAGAAAAGAUGAGCGCACUGGAGGCCACAGCCCACCGCCUGCAGCGGGGUGGACACCCCCAGGCCCAGAGUGCCCUGGGCCGGUGCCAGGCCGUGCUCCUGAGGAAAGAGGCACUCCUGGAGCGAGCCUGGACCCGUCGUCUCCAGCUGGAGGAGCUCCAGCAGCUGCAGACUUUCCUGCAGGAUUCUUACGAGGUGGCCAUGUGGCUCAGGGAGAAGAACCUGGUGGCCCUGGACGAGGGCUGGCGGGACCCAGCCAUGCUGCAGGCACAGAUGCGGAAGCAGCAGAAUCUCCAGGCUGAGCUGGACACAAGUGUGCACCAACAACAAUGGCUGCAGAUGGAGGGGCAGAGGUUACUGCAGAGAGGCCACCCAGCCUCAGCGACCAUCCAGCAGUGGUUACAGGAACUGGGAAAACUGUGGGACGAGCUCCAGGCCAACUGCCAGAGGAAGGCAGCCAGGCUACAGGAGGCCUACGAGGCCCUGCGUCUGCGGAGGAAUGUGGAGGAACUGGAGAGCCAGCUGGAGGCCAUGGAGGUCGAGCUGAGAACUCCCACUGGGGACCAGGACCAGCUUGGGCUGGAGGAGCUGUUAGGGGCUCAGGGAAAGCUGGAGGCAGCAAUGGACAGGCAGGCUAGGCAGGCACAGGCCCUGCUGGGCCAGGCCCAGGCCCAGGCCUUUACACGGGAAGGCUACUGCCUCACCCAAGACGUGGAAGAGCGGGCCCAACGACUGCUUCAAAGGUUGGAGAGCCAGCGGGAGCACCUGCAGGAGCGCAGGGCAGCCCUGGAAGCCCACAGCUGCCUCUUGCAGUUCUUCAGGGACACUGAUGAGGAGAUGGCUUGGGUGCGGGAGAAACUGCCCCUGGCGGCCGCGCAGGAAUACGGCCAGAGCCUGAGCGAGGUGCGGCGCCUACAGGAGAAGCACAAGAACCUGGAGAGUGAGCUGAGCAGCCACGAGGCUCUGACCCGGGCGGUGGUGAGCACAGGGCACAGGCUGGUGCAGGCUGGGCACGUUGCUGCCUGUGACGUAGCUGCCCGGGUGCAGCCGCUGGAGAGCGCCAUGGGCUGCCUGCGGGCAGAGGCUGUGCAGAGGCGACGGCGGCUGCAGCAGGCUCAGGAGGCCCAGCAGCUCCUGCUGGAGCUCCUGGAGGCAGAAUCCUGGCUAGCCGAACGUGGCUGUGUCCUGGACAUUGAGGACAUGGGCCAGAGUGCUGAGGCCACGCAGGCCUUUCUGCGGCGUCUGGAGGCCACCAGGAGAGACCUGGAGGGGUUCAGCACGCGCAUCGAGGGCCUUCAGCAGACGGCAGCCCUCCUCGAGAGGGAGCAGAACCCAGAAAGCCCCAAGGUGCUGGCCCGGGCCCAGGCAGUGAGGCAGGAACAUUCAGGACUGCUGCAGAGAGCAGAGGCCAGAGGGCAAGGCCUGCGGAAGCAGCUGCAGCUCCACCAACUGGAGCAGGAGGCCUUGCUCCUCCAUGCCUGGCUGACCAGCAAGGUGGCCACUGCCGAGUCUCAGGACUACGGACAGGACCUGGAGGCUGUCAAGGUGCUGGAAGAAAAGUUUGAUGCUUUCAGAGAGGAAGUCCAGAGCCUGGGGCAGGCCAAGGUGCAUGCUCUGAGGGAGCUGGCAGGCACCCUGGAACGGGCUGCACCCCGGUGCUAUCCUCAGAUUCAAGCCCAGAGGAGUCGCAUCGAGGCCACUUGGGAGAGGCUGGACAGGGCAAUCAAAGUUCGCACUCAGAACCUGGCCGCAGCCUGUGAGGUCCGUGGCUUUGAGCAGGUGGUUGCUGAGCUCCGGAGCUGGAUACAGGAGAAGGCCACCCUGAUGGAGAGAGAUACCUGUGACCAUAGCCUGUCAUCUGUGCAGACCCUGCAGCAACAGCACAGGUGCCUGGAGAGGGAGCUGGCAGCUAUAGAGAAGGCGGUGGCACGGGUGCGGACAGAGCCCUGCCGACUGGACCAGCUACACCCUAUGGCUCAGGAGAGCCUAGCUCAGCAGCUGGAGGAGGUGCAGAAGGCCUGGGCCACCCUGGAUGCAAAGGCCCAAGAGCGAGGCCGGCAGCUGGAGCAGGCUGCCCAGGGCCACACCUUCCUCGGACGCUGUCAAGAACUGCUAGCAUGGGCUCAGGAGAAGCAGGCACUGGCAUCCUCAGAGGAGCUGGCUGGGGACGUGGCAGGGGCUGAGCGGCUCCUAGAGCAGCAUGAGGAGCUAGGGCAAGAAAUCAAGGAGCACUGCCGUCAAGCCCAGGAUGUAAAGCAGGAGGGGCAGCAGCUGGUGGACAAUGGCAACUUCAUAUCCCUGGAGGUGACACAGUGUUUGCAGGAGCUGCAAGGCCGGCUACAGGUGCUGGAGGAAGCCUGGGCCCUGCGCUGGGAACGCUGCAAGGAGAGCUGGGGCCUGCACAUGCUGCGGCAGCGGCUAGACCAGGCCGAGGCCUGGCUGGCUUCCCGGGAGAGCCUCCUGCUGGACCCCAACUGCGGGCACUCGGUAUCUGAUGUGGAAUUGCUGCUUCGCAGACACCAGGACUUGGAAAAGCUGCUGGCAGCCCAGGAGGAGAAGUUUGUCCAACUGCAGUGGAAGGAGAUGGAACAGAAGCUGCUGCAGCAGGUGAAGGGCCUAAAACCUGGAAGAGUUGGCAGUGGGCUGACCUCCCUCCAGCACAGGCCCCUUGGAAGCUGGUGGCUUGGAGCACAGCUGGCUGAGACCAGGGAGCUGCAGUCAGGUGUCCCUGUCAUGCAGCGGUCUUUGGAGCUUACGCAGCAGCUCCUGUUUGGGGGGAGGCAACCCAGCUCAAGUCCCUGGGAUGGCUGCUAUGGGACCUUAGGGGACAGCUCCCUGAGCCUGUUCCGGGAUGAAAGGACAGCAGCGGAGAACAUGGCUUUCACAUCCACCCUGGACCUUGUGGGAGCCCAGUGUGAGAGGCCAAGGGACUGCCGUGACAGAAAACACACUUUCUCCUCAAGGCUGAGCAGCAGAGCAGAGAUGCUGUUUGCAGCACCGUCUGAUGGGCAGAGGGAGAGCUGCCAUCCAGCCCUGAGCAGUGAAGCAGCCCGCAAUCUGAGCCCAGAGCUUAGAGCCAGACCUCUGGACUUCCCAGCUGAGCACGCUGCUGAGGGGGUACCCAGCACGACUGCUGCACUAAGAUUCCAUGGCCGUCCCCUACCCUCCUCGCUGAGGGAGACACACGUGUGCACUGACGGCCACCCACAGCCCUUGGAGCUCCCACCAAUGGCUAGCGCUGCAGAGGAAAUGGCACCAGGCUCCCACCACCUUUCCUGCUCAGGCUCAACCCAAGGUCUAGGCCCUGAAGCGAACCCUGAGGUGGGACCAAACCUCAGGGCUACAAGUGAGAACACCCCCUAGGGGACCAGAGCAAGACUCAGCUACCAGGCCCCUCAGAACCAACUUCCGGAACACAUGG